GUGGUGACCGGAGGAAGAAGCAGUUGAUGAGGCAUUCUGGGAUACUGGCGGACCCAACAACGCUCCUACUGUGAUGGCGACCAAUAUCGAGCAGAUUUUCAGGGAUUUUGUAAUGAGUAAGAUUAAAGAAAUCGAGGAUGAAACUCAAGAAAUCAGUGUGACAGAUGAGCCACAGUCUGAACCUGUGACAGAGAUGAUAGAAGAUGGACUAAAGGAAGAAAAAAUUAACACACCAACAGAUAAAAUCACACAUACUGACCUCCAAGAUAACCAUGGUAAAGAGGACACCAGCACUAAACACAGGAAGAGUAAAAAGCACAAAAAACACAAAAGCAAAAAGAAGAGAAAGAAACGGAAAGAAGGAAAAGACAGCAGCUCUGAGUCUGAGUCCGACAAAGAGACGCACGAAAGUGGAAAGAAAAAGAAGAGAAAGAAGAAGAAAAAAAGCAAAGAUGCAGACAAAGCGAAGAGGUCUGGCUCACGGUCUGAAAGCUCUUCAGCAUCUGGUUCUGAAUCUGAGUCUGAAUCAAAACCUUCUAAUGAAAAUACUAAGUCCUCUUCAGCAGGUAAGAUUUUAAAGUCUGAGCUCAAAGACACAUCUGAUGUUUUGCCUGACAUUAUUCCCAAGAUGGAGAAUUCUGUCCACAAAGGCACUGAAAACGAAAGGCCCAAGGAUAAGAAAACAAGUUCUAGCAGAAUAUCUAAAAGUAAGGAGACUUCUAGAGGAUCAAGAUCACCCCGAUGGAAGUCAGGACGGAGAUCAAGAUCCCGGUCUUCAAAACGACAACGGCGAUCAAAGUCAACCUCCCGCUCUAGAAAUAGCUCCAAAAAGAGGUCUCAUCAACAGAGAGAGAGAAGUAGAUCAAGGUCAAAGAGACGCAACAAUCGGUCCAGGUCUCAUUCUGUCAGAAGAGGUAAACAUUCAAGAUCCAGGUCGCACUCCAGGCGAACUAGAUCAAGGUCUAUUGUGAUCUCGAGGAAGAACAGAAGGUCCGUGUCAAAAACUAGGUCUCGUUCGCCACGGCGUUCCAAAAGUAAGUCUCGAAGUAGAACGAAACCUUCUAAAUCAAGGUCCGUUUCAAAAUCAAGGUCUGAUCUGAAAGAAAGUCUGAAGGAAACUGAAUCAGUUAAGAAUGAUACAGAUCCAGCAGUGGACAGUAAUACAAGCUGUGCAAUGGAGAUGUCUCAGAAUACAACUGAGAAUGGAAGAAGUCCAACAAUGCCUGUGAACUCUGACACCAAGUUGUUUGAGGUUGCGUCCAUCAGCACGAGUUCUGGUUUCAACGCAGUUGGCGUCACAGGAUCUUGGCGACCAGUUCCCUUCUUGGCAGAGCCAUCUGAGACCAAGUCUUCCCAAAAGUGCAUUACACCUGAGGUGCCUUUGGAAGUGACCAGUGUAUCUGAAGAACCCUCAACGUUUUUAACCGUUACGCCAAAAGAUUCAGAGUGCGCUGCCAACCCUGACAAGAAAGAAACCAACACAAAUCCAAUAACCGGCGUAGAGACUUCAAUCGAGAGGAACUCAACCUCACCAUCCAAAUCUCCCAGUCAACAAACGUCCUCAAGAUCCAAAGUAACUACACGAUCCAGAUCAAAGUCAUUAUCGAAAAAGAGAAAAUCCAGGUCGUCUUCACGAAAGUCUCGAUCGCCCUCUGAAAGAAAAUCGCACAAGUCCAGAACAAAGAGCAAACGUUCGAAAUCGAGGUCACCCAAAAAGAGAAGAUCGAGAUCUCGCUCACAAGGCCGUAGGAGGAAAUCUCGAACUCCAGACAGAAGCAGGCGGUCUAAAUCAAGAAAGAGGUCUCGCUCGCAUUCGAGGAGGAGAUCUCGAUCCAGCUCACGCUGGAAAAGAGGUUUCGGAAGCCGAUCGCUAAAUCAGCGGGACAGAUGGAAGCGAGAACCCAGUCGCUCUCCGGUCCUCAUUCUCCGCAAGAAAAGAUCAACGUCCAGAACUCGACGUAGUGCCAGCAAGACACCUCCACGUCUUACGGAACUUGAUAAGGAGCAGUUGCUGGAAAUAGCUAAGGCUAAUGCUGCAGCUAUGUGUGCCAAGGCAGGCGUGCCCAUCCCAGAGAGUCUCAGGCCCAAAGCUGUUCUUCAACUACCCUUGCAAUCCCCAAAUUCUACAUCCUUGUCCUUAACCUUGCCCGUGAUGACAAACAUGACUAUGAAUGCUGCUAUGGCUAGUAUGACUGCCGCCACCAUGACCGCUGCUUUGUCCAGCAUGGGUGCCUUGGCUUCAUUCCCACAAAUGGCCCCUUUACCCACAAUCGUCAACAAGCCACCAUCUUCAGCCACAACUAAUCUUGCCAGUAUUGAAGAAGCCAAAAAGAAAGUGACAAAACAGGCGAACACCUUCAGCAUUAAAGAGCUAACAGAGAGAUGCAAGAAGAUAGCCGAGAGUAAGGAAGAGAUGGCCAUCGCAAAACCACACGUGUCAGACGAUGAAGAGGAUGAGAAGCUAUUUGGAGCUUCCCUUAAGGAGAAUAAGGGCAUUGCCUUCAGUCUCGGUAAUACCUCAUUAAAGCCGGCCGCCCGAACCGAAGUGGCCUUUGCUAAGGAGUUCCCAGUGUCCUCUGGAUCCCAGCAUAGGAAGAAGGAGGCUGAUGGUGCCUAUGGGGAAUGGGUGCCAGUCGAAAAGAAAACAGAAAAGCCGCCUGCGUUGGUGGCAUCUGUGACUGAGGAACCCACCAAGGACAAUGAUAGUGUCUUUCCUGAAGCACCUUCUCAACCUGUGGACAUCACGUUAGCCGUCAGUGAGAGAGCGGUCGCACAGAAGAGGCUGGCAGAAAACCCUUUCGACAUCAAUGCUAUGUGUAUGCUCAAUCGGGCUCAGGAGCAAGUUGAUGCAUGGGCCCAGUCCAACACCAUUCCCGGCCUCUUCACAGGUUCGACAGGCGCUCAAGUGCUCUCAUCUGACGAGCUCUCAAACAGCGGCCCACAAGCCUGGAUUAAGAAGGUAAAGCCCUGAGUCAACAGCACCACUCUUACAAUGAAUCUGGACAUACAUUGUGCUUGAUGGUUUGUGUUUUGCAUCAUAUAUGUGUGUUAAAUUCCCAAAAAUCAUAAAGUUGACAUCAUGAAAGUUGGUGUAUUGCAGUCAGACGCUUAUGACUUAUUGUGCUUAAUUUAUAUUUACACUGUUCAGACGUACGCUCACAUUGCACAUGAAGGGUAAAAUAGAUCCUGAAAUGCUCUCAAACUCAAAAUACCCAUCAUCCCCUUUUAUAAGGCAUAUAAGAAUUGUCAUCUGUGAUUACUUUGCCAAUUGGUGUACCCAACUGAGUUGUUAAUCAGACCGCAGUCCAAUGAUAGUUCACACCGGCCGCUUUUUAAUUAAUAAGUAUUGAUCUUUGCUCUGAGCAUGACGUCAAUGUAUCCGUGGAAACGAUCUUGCCAAAAGACAGCUCAGAGCUGUGCGUUUACUGACGUCAGCUGAAAGAAAGAAAAAGAGCUUGUCUUUUCUUUUAAAGAGGACCUAUUAUGCUCUUUUUCAAAGUCUUGAUGUUGUUUUUGUGCUCUACUAAAACAGGUUUUCAUGCUUGCAUGUUCAUUAUUUUCCUCGUAUUCUCCAUUGUUGCAGCUCCUCUCUUCCCAGUCUGUUAGUAACGCUCUGUUUAGUUCCUGUCUCUAUGAAGCCCCUCCUUCUGAAAAGCACAAUGUGCUCUGAUUGGUCGAUUGGAGCAGUGUUUUGUGAUUGGUGUUUGGGAAAUGUCCCGCCCCUUACCAUAACCGCCAGUUUCAACACACUACUAACUAACUCAACCAGGCCCCACCCCUUUAUUGUGCGUAUGAAUUAUUUAAAUGAAGAAUAUUGUGACGUGUUCAUUCCCGGAAGAAAACUCAAGACUACAAUGAAGUUCAGGAACAGUGACAAUGAUAUAGAGAAUAACUCCCGCUGGAGGGACAUUUUCAUGCUCAAACAGCAACAUUACACACUAAAAAAGCAUAAUAGGACCCCUUUAAAUGCAAAUAUUCGAUAUUUUGAAUGAAAUGAGCCUUUCUUGAUUAAAAUGAUCAUCGCAGAAGCAGUUGGACGGGUACACCACUUGUGCAUGGUCAUGCAGAUGUUUUAUAUGUGAAAUUCUGUCGUAGCAGAUGCAAUGAUGGAUGGGCAGCACGCCUCACUUUACUCCUCUAAAAAGUGUCUUUUGAGAGAGGGGAGGAAGGAAGAGGAUGUGAAGUAAGUCUCUCCGCCCCUCCUCUGAAUGACCUGGAACCUUCCAAUGAGUAGAGAAAUAUGCAUCAGGAUCCGACUCUGAAAUCUGCAGAAAAUGGCCAAUGUAUGCACACCGGUGACCACAUGAUUUCAACCUACAGUUAGAUUAGUGAACCAUAUUAAUGUGCACUACUGUUCAGACGUGGGGUUGGUAAGAUUUCUCUCCUAUUCACUUGGGAUGCACGAUAUAUCGGCCACCAUAUCGGUAUCAGCCGAUAUAUCGGCCACCAUAUCGGUAUCAGCCGAUAUAUGUUCAUUUUUAAUGUUAUUGUUAUCGGCCUGAUAAAAAAAUUUGGCUGAUAUAUUAAAGCCGAAAAAUAAUGUAUUUUUCCUUCAGCUGAGACACUUCAGUUACGCACUGUCCACCAUUGUGGUUUUGAAUUGCUUGAAAUAUGAUUGAAAUCACUUCAAAAAGUAAAACACAGUUAAGUGCAACAUGUACAGCACAGGUCUGUCAUUAAGGCUACAUAAAAUUAUAAUGAGAACAUUAUAAUUGUGUGCUUGGGACAUGGUGAGACUUUUGUUUUUUUUAAUCAGGCUCUCAAAAAUUAUUUAAAAAUGUUGAUUUAGAUUUAUCGGCUUCCAAAUAUGAAGAAUUAUCGGUUAUCGGUAUCGGCCAAAAUUUUCAUAUCGGUGCAUCCCUAAUAUUCACCAAGGCUGCAUUUAUUUGAUCAAAAAUACAGUAAAAAUCGUGAAAUAUUAUUACGAUUUAAAAUAGCUGUUUUCUAUGUGAAUAUGUUGUAAAAUGUAAUUUAUUUCUUUGAUGCAAAGCUGAAUUUUCAGCAUCAUUACUCCAGUCUUCAGUGUCACAUGAUUUUUCAGUAAUCAUUUUAAUAUGCCGAUUUGCUACUCAAGAAACAUUUAUGAUUAUUAUCAAUGUAUUAUUACUUAAAUAUUUUUUGUGGAAACGGUGACACUUUUUUAUUUCAGGAUCCUAAGAUGAAUAGAAAGUCUAAAAGAACAACAUUAAUUUGAAAUGGAUAUCUUUUGUAACAUUAUAAAUGUCUUUACUGUAACUUUUGCUCAAUUUAAUGCAUCCUUGCUGAAUAAAAAGAUGAAUUUCUUUAAAAAAAA